AUGAACUUGAGCCUAGCUCUGAUUCUGAAGGAGCUGAGGCUCUCUUCCUCAAUCAGGAACCCAAUCAAAUCUCACCUUAAUGGCGGUUCCCUCUAUUACAUGUCUUCUUUGCCUCAUGAAGCUCUGCCUGACAAAGACACAGCUCGUGCCAAUUGGGUAAAGCAAUUGAAUGCUCCGUUAGAGGAAAUUGAUCCGGAAAUUGCUGACGUCAUUGAACUCGAGAAAGCAAGGCAAUGGAAGGUAAUGAUCGAGGAUUCACGUGCAGGGAUUCGAACUAAUACCUUCCGAGAAUUUCACUUCGGUGUCGGUGAUGCAAGCGGUUGGUUCUGUUAUGACUAA